GGAGUGACAGAAAAAGACAGAGGGAGGGAAAAGAGGAGAAUAGAGAGAGAGCAGGACCAAACUCGCUGCCUUCUUUCCCCCCAGUGCUCUCUCCCUCCUUUCUCUCAGUGACUCCAAGCUGAGACCAACAGAUAGGAUGCUGUGCCUCAGGGGCCUGUCCACACUCCUCCUGCUUCUCCUCUGCCCCGCUCCACUAUCGGCCCAGGAGGCGCUCAUACGCCUUGCAGGCGUGGGCCGGCGCAGUGCAAAUGAGGGACGUGUGGAGGUGUUCUAUAAUGGAGCGUGGGGGACGGUGUGCGACGACGAGGUGGAUCUCAAUCUGGCCACUGUGGUGUGCAGACAGCUGGGUUUUCAGAGCAGCUUUACCUGGGCACACAGUGCCAAGUUUGGUGAAGGACAAGGUCUGAUCUGGUUGGACAAUGUGCGCUGCCAGGGCAAUGAGGUCUCUAUUGGAGAAUGCCGUUCCAAUGGGUGGGGAAUCAAUGACUGCACCCACGCUGAGGACCUGGGGGUCAUCUGCAGUCCAGAAAGAAGACCUGGCUUCUCCCCUGCCUCUGUGGACGAGGCCGCUCCAUCAUCCAGGCACCGGCCAAACCAACCAAGACAGAGAAACCCACCACCACAGUCUGUGUCCCCUCCAGCUUCACCCCCAGCAGAAGAACACAUCUCCUCUUACUCAAGAGGCCAUGAGAUUGCCCUCCAUCGCAACCCAACUUCUUCCCGUCGCAGCAACAUCUCUCCACAGGAAAACGGCCACGAGAUCCAGAUCUCGCGACGGAAUCGACCCGGGUCCGGAGUGAGCCAGCAGGCGAACCCACAAGGGCACCAGCUGCCCUCGCGUCUGGCAAACGGGGCAUCCUACAGGCAGAGGCAGGAGAAUUCGAGGACCAACCCGCAAGCAGUGAGACGGGAGGCGGAGGGGCAGCUGAACCGGCAGUCUCAGCCUCAUUCCCAACUCCAGUCUGAGCGGAGGACUGAGGGGAAUCAGCAGCUCAGUGGGAACCAUGUUGAACCAGACCCUGUUUAUCCAGAGCCUGAUGGACAUAACACACAGGGAUCUUCGAGGGUUCACUUAGAGGAGGCCCGUCUACGGCCUGUGCUGUCCAGCAACCGUGGCGGUCUGGUGACGGAGGGAGUGCUGGAAGUGAAGCAUGCUGGGAGGUGGCGUCAUGUGUGUAACCAUGGAUGGGACCUGAGCAGCAGCCGUGUCGUCUGUGGCAUGUUAGGGUUCCCUGCUGCAGAAGCGUUUGACCAAGUCAGCUACAAGAAACUGUGGGAUUCUAAGAUAGCCGACCCGUCCUCCAGGCUGCGGACACAGAUUGGUAAAAAGGGCUAUUGGGUGGAGAAAGUGCAGUGUCAGGGUGUGGAGACGUCUUUGUCUCAGUGCCAGGCGCAGCUGUCCCUCCCCAGGAAUGAUGUCCCGUGCAACAGGGGCAUGCAUGCAGUGGUCCGCUGCGUCCCCGGGUACCAGUUCACACGCUAUGGAAGAGCACCUGCACCCCCUGCCGUGCCGCCUGUUGUGCGCCUGAAGGCGGGGCCCCGUCUUGGGGAGGGCCGUGUCGAGGUGCUGAUAGAGGGCAAGUGGGGCACCAUGUGUGACCACCUGUGGGACAUGCCUGCAGCCAGCGUGGUCUGCAGAGAGCUGGGCUUCGGGACAGCCAGAGAGGCCCUCACUAAGGCUCAGCUGGGACAGGGUACUGGUCCCAUCCACAUGAACAGCGUCCAGUGCACGGGCAGGGAGAGGUCGAUUACAGAGUGCACCUACAGACCGGUGCCCCUCUACAGCUGCAAACACAACCAGGAUGUAGCAAUCCGCUGCAACGUGCCCAACACUGGCCUGCAGACCACGGUGCGCCUGGCGGGCGGCAGAGAGCCAGCAGAGGGCCGCGUGGAGGUGCUGAUGGAGAUCGGAGGAGUGAAGCGCUGGGGCUCCGUCUGCAGCGAGAACUGGGGCAUCAAUGAGGCCAUGGUGGUGUGUCGACAGCUCGGCUUGGGCUUCGCCUCAAGAGCUCAUCAGGAAACCUGGUAUUGGCCUGGUUCCUCAGAUGCCGGGGAGGUGGUGCUGAGUGGGAGUCACUGCAUCGGCACUGAGAUGUCUAUCCAGCAGUGUCGCAGAAACACAAACCUCUACUGUCCCAGAGGAGGAGAUGGCAAAGCGGCAGGAGUGACGUGUGUAGAGACUGCACCCGACCUUGUCCUGGACGCUCAGCUCGUCCAAGAGACGGCCUACCUGGAGGAUCGACCCCUGCAUCUGCUGACCUGCGCCAAUGAGGAGAACUGCCUGUCCUCCUCCGCCGCCAGGAUGAACUGGCCCUACGGACACCGCCGCCUGCUGCGCUUCUCCUCCCGCAUCAUGAACAUGGGUUGCGCCGACUUCCGACCCCGAGCCACCAGAGAAAGCUGGGUUUGGCACCAGUGCCACAGGCACUACCACAGCAUUGAGGUGUUCACCCACUAUGAUCUGCUCACCCUCAACGGGACCAAGGUGGCUGAAGGUCACAAAGCCAGCUUCUGUCUGGAGGACACCUACUGCCCCGAAGGUAUCCAUAAGCGUUAUGCCUGCUACAACAUGGGAGAGCAGGGCAUCUCAGUUGGCUGCUGGGACACAUACCGCCACGACAUCGACUGCCAGUGGGUGGACAUCACAGACGUACGACCUGGCGAAUACAUCUUCCAGGUGGAGGUCAACCCUUCCUUAGACAUGGCUGAGUCGGAUUUCCAGAACAACGUGAUGCGCUGUCGCUGCAAGUACGACGGAGCCCGAGUUUACAUGUCUGGAUGCCACGCAGGUGAUGCGUACAGUGCAGAGGUGGAGGACUUGUUCGACCACCAACGGGACAUCUCCAACAACCUUCUGUGAAUGAAAGAACACGCAGAUAUAAGGACAGAACAACUGUACAACUCCUCACAACACCUCAACAUGUCAGGGGAGGGAGGUUUUUAAUGACAAUGACAUGCCAGUAAAAAGAGAGAGAUGAGGGUCAGUGGGAGGAGGAGGGGAAACUGGGAUUAUGUGGGAGGGAAUUCAUGCAACAGAUGAUUAGUUAGGUUCCUGUGACUGAAGAAGGAGAAACGUAGAAAGAGAAGGCCGUCGCAAGCAUCAUGCCACCAUGAUAAAACAUAGAGUAAUACAUGAUUUUACAAAAACCUUUUAACAAAUUUCAUUCCCUUGAUCGAAACAUAACACAGUGAGCAAAGUGAUGACAUGAAGGCACACUAGUACAACACCUUCUGUACUUUUACAGUGCACCGCCGGGCUGUUAUAUCAACACAGACCACCGACUGUUGACAAAGCUCGCCGUGCCUCCUGUGCUUUCACCGUUUGCUGUUUUUGGUUUUCAAUGAGAUUUUUUUAUUUCAUGGUGCUAUUUUGCCUCUUUUGAAUAAAUUUUGUAAUGUAUUGCAAAUGUAUUGUCAUGUACAGUUUUAUAUUACCUCUCUUGAAUAUUGCUUUCUAAUUUAUGCAGAAUUUUAAUGUACUUUUGAGUUGAAACUUGUCCCUGUGUGGCUGUGUUUUUUUUAAUUUUUUUAUUGUUGCUUUUAUUAUGAUAAAUACAUUUAAUUCUGUUUGUUCUUAACUUGUGGGGAACAUCAGCCGAGAUCUGGUUGUACCACGGCAUUGCGCCUUUUACAGUACUUGGUAAUGGUAGAGAAAAAAUAAACGUCAGACUGACAAACUGA